AUGUCUCCCCUCAGCCUAAGCAAUCUCCCCAUCGAGAUAUUACUCCACAUUGCUUUGGGUAUCAAACGCCCAAUCCAUCGGCUACAUCUUGCACUAUGCUCUCGUGCCUUCUCUGAGCUGUUUCUCCGCUUCGUCUUCCUCGAUAUCAAACUGGAAGAUGUAGACGCUAAGACUGUGAUUGCUCUGGUUCAAACGCUCCUCCGCAACCCGCAUAUUGCAUCAUGCACUCAAACUCUUGAGAUUAACGAUUGGUCGACGGAGCUCAGCUAUAGGAGAAACAGCUAUGACCCACCUGAGACCCUUCCAUCUCCAAAUUCGGAGCUCCUCUUUGACCAAGACCUUAUUCGCGACGCGGCCCAGGGGCUCUACACUGCCAGCGACGAACAUGCGCUACCAAAAUUUCUAGCUCAUCUCUCAGCCGGCAAUGAGGAUGCAUGGGCACGUCUACCGCCCUUUGAUUCCCGGCCAGCUUUCACCCGCCUCUCUCACGUCUUCGCCAAAUGGUAUGAUAGCGAGAAUUCUCUUGAAUCCGAAGCGUUAGAGCCGUUCUUUUUCUUUCCGUCCGUCCGCCGUGUUGCAGGCGAACAAAUUACAGAUUAUAUACCAACGAAACCCGAUGAUGAUGAUGAUGAUGAUGAGUAUGAAGAUGAAGAUCCAAUCAGCGUUUAUGAUGACCGUGCAACUAUUUUAGCAUAUUCAGAAAACAAGCCCACAACUUCGACCGUGUCCGAAAUAGAUAUUUCGAGAAGCAAUACUAAUAAUGGAUUCGUCCGGCAAAUCAAGCUGUGCAAAAAUCUCACAUCGUUCAGAUUCGAACACGCCGACUCCUUUGAAUAUGACUCUAGUUUCCUCCCGAGAGAUUUCGCCCGCUCUCUCGCUCACGUUAAGCACAGCCUCGAAAACCUCUGGCUCAGCUAUGACGACUACUAUUUCAAUGGGCAGUCCUACCAGGGAGAUGACGAGACUUUUGGCUCCCUGGCCGGCUUUUCCGUGUUAAAAUCACUGUACAUCUCAGCCACGAGUCUGAUAGGUACGGACGCGCUGGGCAGCACAGGCGACGACUACGACGACGCCCUAUUGAACCCCACAGAUCACAAGCGGCUGUCAACGAUAUUCCCCGCUUCGCUCGAGUCACUUACGCUGGCCAACGUUUCCAAACGUCAUUAUGCCGGAGUCAUCAGGCACCUGAAGAAUCUGGUCGAGCCCUCUAACUUCUCGCAAUACACACCCCGGCUCAGCGAGUUAAAGAUUGAGGGCGAAUUUUCCAGAAACGACGAGCGGAAUCAACCCGGCAUUAUGAUGACAUUAGACGGGCCGGAGCCGGGGAUCCCGCAGGAAUUUCUGGACCAGGCUGAAGAGCUGGAGGAUUUAUGUGAAACAAUUGGAGUUGACUUUGAGGUCCUUGAUUCGCGUAUUCUUUUGUUCAGAGAGUUGAAGCACAAACGGAAUGAGUGGAGGAAACGACAGGUGGGCCUUGAUUAG